CAAUGACCCACAGAAGGAGGGGUACUUCAGGAAGAGAAUCAGAGAUCAGAACCAGGCCAGCAGAAUUAUCUCACGCAUAAAGUCAUCCAGGAGUCUCUACAUCAUGUGUCACAUACCAGUCUUCUGCUGGAUUUCUGCUGCUGUUCUGGAGACAAUGUUGGGUGAAACAGAGAGUGGAGAUCUGCCCAAAACUCUGACUGAAAUGUACACACGCUUCCUGCUCAUUCAGACUAAUGUGAAGAAUCAGAAGUAUCAUGGCGCUGAUGAGAUAGAUCCAAAGAAGAGGUCAGCAUCAGAUACAGAAAUCAUCCUGAAACUGGGGCAGCUGGCUUUUCUACAGCUGGAAAAGGGCAAUCUGAUAUUCUAUGAAGGGGACCUGAGAGAGAGUGGCAUUGGUGUCAGUGAAGCUUCAGUGUACUCUGGGGUGUGCACAGAGAUCUUUAAAGAGGAGUGUGGGUUGUAUCAGGAGAAGGUCUACUGCUUUGUGCAUCUGAGCAUUCAGGAGUAUCUGGCUGCCUUGUUUGUGUUUCAUUCAUGUGUAAAUGGGAAAAGAUAUGUACUCAGAGCAGAAAAAUCUCACUUUGGCAGAGUGCAGCUGUCUGAGUUACACAGGACUGCAGUGGAUCAGGCCUUAAAGAGUAAGAAUGGACACCUGGACCUUUUCCUCAGAUUCCUUCUUGGCCUCUCUCUGGAGUCCAUUCAGAAGCUCUUAGGGGGAAUACUGACACAGACAGAAAGCAGAUCACAGAGCAUUAAUAAAACAAUCCAGUACAUUAAGGAGAGGAUCAGAAAGGAAUCUUCAGCAGAGAGGACCAUCAAUCUGUUCCACUGUCUCAGUGAACUGAAAAACAACGCUCUAGUGGAGGAAAUCCAGAAUUCCCUGAAAUCAGGAAAACUUUCUGAUAAAAAGCUGGAACCAGACCAGUGUUCAGCUCUGGCCUUUGUGUUACUGACGUCAGAGGAGGUCCUGGAUGAGUUUGACCCGAAGACCUACAACACAUCAGCAGCAGGUCAUCAGAGGCUGCUACCAGUAAUCAGGAACUGCAGGAAGGCCACACUGAACAACUGUAACCUCACAGAGGAGUCCUGCGAUAUCGUGGCCUCAGUUCUCCAGUCAUCAAACUCAACCCUGAGAGAUCUGGACCUCAGCUGCAAUAACCUGGGAGAUUCAGGAGUGGAGCUGCUCUGUGCUGGACUGAUGAGUCCAAUCUGUAAACUACAGAGACUGGGGUGAGUAGUGCUGUGUACU